UUUCCGUCACUUUUCUGGAGCUCGAGUCGCCGUAGCGUUUGCUUCGUCGUUUUCAUUGAAGACAAGAAGAAGACAACAACACUGGAGGAUCUGUGAUGGGGGACAUAAAAAAUUUCCUGUAUGUCUGGUGUGGGAAAAAGAAAAUGACACCCAACUAUGAGAUCAGAGCUGCUGGUAACAAGAACAGGCAGAAGUUCUUGUGUGAGGUCCGUGUGGAAGGUUUCAACUACAUUGGAAUGGGUAAUUCCACCAACAAGAAGGAUGCCCAGUCCAAUGCGGCGAGGGACUUUGUUAAUUACCUCAUUCGUGCUGGAGAAGUGAAGGCUGCCGAUGUUCCUUCGGUUGGGCCCAGCAUGAGUGAAUUUGGUACAUCAGCCAACAAAGGAGAAGGUGGUGGCUUUGGAAAUCUUCCAUCAGGUGGUCCUAUCCCUCCACACCUUGUUGUUAAAGCUGAGAAAGAGCAAGCAGGUAAUCAGCCUGGCUGUAGCUCUGGACAAGUACCUGGAUUAGCUGGUAUGAGUUCUCAGACCGGUGAUGCCCAGUGGGACCGUGGGGCCAAUCUGAAAGACUACUUUUCCAGGAGAGAUGACCAAGAAGCACAAGCAACCCUAGAGUCUGAAGAGGUUGAUUUGAAUGCUGGACUACAUGGGAACUGGACUUUGGAGAAUGCCAAAGCUCGACUGAACCAGUUCUUCCAGAAGGAGAAGAACCAAACAGACUACAAAUACUCCCAAGUUGGCCCAGAUCACAACAGGAGUUUUAUUGCUGAAAUGACUGUUUUUGUACGGCAGCUUGGUAGAAAUGUGUUUGCCCGUGAGCAUGGCUCUAACAAGAAGCUGGCCGCCCAGUCCUGUGCGCUCUCUAUUGUACGCCAGCUUUACCAUCUGGGUGUCAUAGAACCUUACACUGGUGUUACCAAGAAGAAAGAAGGAGAGACGCUGGAACCCUUUGAAGUGGCCUUGACAAAUGAUCUGCAGCGACAGCUGGACAGCGUAGUCCAGGAGUUAGGCAUGCAAGUCCCUCCUCCACCUCAGGAUACAAGUACUACGGUGUCACUGAUCCAGGGAAAGAUGGCUCACUUUGAACCCUCUCAAAAGCAGAGUUUUCCUGGUGUGGUGCCUUGGUCACCCCCUCAAGUGAACUGGAACCCAUGGACAAGCAGCAACAUUGACGAGGGCCCGCUUGCCUUUUGCAGUCCGCAACAGAUCAGUUCAGACCUACAGCAUGAACUGAUGUACCAGCUGGAACAUGAUCAAAAUUUACAGAAGGUUAUUGAAGAACGGGAUCAGCUUCCAGUGAAGAGGUUUGAAGAGGAGAUUAUGGAUGCCAUACAUAGUAACUCUAUAGUCAUCAUUCGUGGAGCUACUGGUUGUGGAAAGACAACUCAGGUUCCCCAGUACAUCCUAGACGAGUUCAUAAAGAACGGAAAGGCAGCAGACUGUAAUAUCAUUGUAACCCAGCCCCGGCGCAUCAGCGCAGUUUCUGUUGCAGAACGCGUUGCUUUCGAGCGAGGAGAGGAACUGGGCAAGAGCUGUGGUUACAGUGUGCGCUUUGAGUCCAUUCUUCCCAGACCCCAUGCCAGUGUCCUCUUCUGCACCGUUGGUGUCCUUUUAAGAAAGCUGGAAUCCGGGAUCCGAGGAAUCAGCCAUGUCAUUGUGGAUGAAAUACACGAAAGAGACCUCAAUACCGAUUUCCUCAUGGUGGUGCUGCGGGAUGUUGUCCAAGCCUAUCCAGAAAUACGCAUAAUUCUCAUGUCUGCAACUAUUGACACAACAAUGUUUUGUGACUACUAUUUCAACUGCCCAAUUAUUGAAGUGUUUGGGCGCACCUUCCCGGUACAAGAGUAUUUUCUUGAAGAUUGUAUUCAGAUGACCCAGUUUGUUCCUCCUCCAAUGGAUAAAAAGAAAAAAGAAAAGGAUGAAGAUGGUGGUGAAGAUGAUACAAACUGCAAUGCUGUUUGUGGGGAUGAAUAUAGCCCUGACACGAAACACUCUAUGGCUCAGCUGAAUGAAAAGGAAACCUCCUUUGAAUUGAUUGAAGCCCUUCUCAAGUACAUAGAAACACUUAAAGUAGCUGGAGCAGUGCUUGUGUUCCUGCCUGGAUGGAACCUCAUCUACUCUUUGCAGAAACACCUUGAGAUCAGUCUCCACUUCGGAAAUCAACAAUACAGAAUUCUCCCUCUACACUCCCAAAUUCCGAGAGAGGAACAGCGAAAGGUGUUUGAUUCUGUGCCUGAGAAUGUAACAAAGGUGAUCUUGUCUACAAAUAUUGCGGAGACCAGCAUUACCAUCAACGAUGUCGUAUAUGUAAUCGACUGUUGCAAGCAAAAAGUCAAGCUGUUCACAUCUCACAACAAUAUGACAAACUAUGCUACUGUCUGGGCAUCUAAGACAAACUUGGAGCAGCGAAAGGGUCGAGCAGGCAGAGUUCGGCCUGGAUUCUGCUUCCAUCUUUGCAGCCGAGCACGUUUUCAGAGACUGGAGACUCAUAUGACCCCUGAGAUCUUCCGUACUCCUCUCCAUGAGGUGGCUCUUAGCAUCAAGCUGUUGAGACUAGGUGGCAUAGGACAGUUCCUUUCAAAGGCCAUCGAACCUCCUCCACUGGAUGCAGUCAUUGAAGCAGAGCAUACUCUGAGAGAAUUGGAUGCCCUCGACAGCAACGAUGAGUUAACCCCCCUGGGCCGAAUUCUAGCAAAGUUGCCUAUUGAGCCUCGACUGGGAAAGAUGAUGAUUAUGGGCUGUGUGUUCCAUGUUGGUGAUGCAGUGUGCACCAUCUCGGCAGCCACCUGUUUCCCAGAGCCCUUUAUCAGUGAGGGCAAGCGUUUGGGUUUUGUCCACAGAAACUUUGCGGGCUCCAGGUUCUCGGACCAUGUGGCCCUUCUCUCAGUGUUUCAGGCCUGGGAUGAUGCUAGAAUGGGUGGUGAGGAUGCCGAAAUCAGAUUUUGUGAACACAAAAGGUUAAACAUGUCCACACUAAGGAUGACAUGGGAAGCUAAAGUACAGCUGAAAGAAAUUCUGGUAAAUUCUGGGUUUCCUGAAGAUUCCUUGAUGACACAAGUGUUUAACAACACUGGCCCGGACAACAACCUGGAUGUAGUGGUUUCACUGUUGAGCUUUGGCUUGUACCCAAACGUGUGCUACCACAAGGAAAAAAGGAAGAUCCUCACCACGGAAGGGCGCAAUGCUCUCAUCCACAAAUCUUCUGUCAAUUGUCCCUUCAGCAACCAAGACACGAAGUACCCUUCACCGUUUUUCGUUUUUGGAGAAAAGAUUCGGACACGUGCCAUCUCUGCAAAAGGAAUGACUUUGGUCAGCCCUCUCCAGCUCAUUUUAUUUGGAUCAAAAAAAAUCACAUCCAAUGGUGACAUUGUUGUACUAGAUGAUUGGAUCAAGCUGAAAAUACCACAUUACUCAGCUGGCAAUAUAGCAGCCAUCAGAGCUGGAAUGGAAGCUCUUGUUGUGGAUGUCACAAAAGACCCACAGUACAUAAGCGAAAUGAGCCCAGUCCACCAGCACAUGUUGAACCUCAUCCGGCUGAUUUCCAAACCUUCUGCUGCAGGGCUAAAUCUUAUGGCUCCAAACUUGCGAUUUGGUGAUGGCCCACGGCCUUCCAAGAUGCCCCGAUUUGAAAGGGGGGGCGGAGGUUACCACAGGGGCUAUCAAGGGGGAAGCGGGCCAAGUUUCCAAGGAGCCGGGUAUGGAGGAUAUGGAGGAGGUUACGGAGGACAUAGAGGGGGUUAUGGAGGAGGAGGAGGAGGAGGAGGGUAUCGCCACAAUGGUGGGGGUUACAGAGGUGGCUGGGGAGGAUACUGCGGUGGAAAUAGCUAUGGUGGAAGAGGCAGCAGGGGUUAUGAUGGAUACCGAGGAGGUGGAGCAUUUUAAAAUGUACAGUUAUUUCACAGCAGUGAUCCUAACCCAGCUUCAUUACUCAUUAAAUCUGAUCUGAACAAUGUGGCGUUGGUUGUGUUUUUUUUCAACAGCGGAUAAGUUUCCUUUCUAUGCAGUCACUGCUAUAUGUGGAGCUUUGCUUGUUCUUUAUAUUUCUGUAAAACCUGUGCAGUAGUUAGCUAGGAGUAGCACCUUUAACAUACUUAGUUUUGAGGAUGUAUGUGUUUUGUUUUGGUGCAGCAGGUAUCAGUGGUUAAACCCUGGACCUUCUAACCUUUUGAAUUCUGCUCCUGGUGCAGGAUGUUUAUAAGAUCCUUAUUGUAUAAUUCCAGUUUAAAAAAAAAAAAAAAAAAAAUCAUUGUAUGCGAGUUAAAAUACAAGGCUAAAACUGCAUCUUCCCUUGAGGAAGGCAUCGGCAAAAUAUUGGAUGACAGUAAUCAUGCAACUUCUGAUAUACAUGAAUUUCAAAAUAAAUUGAUCUUAAUUAUUUGUUAAAUUCAGUCUUCAUGAAUGCACACCAGAUGUAUAAUUUCAUUUAGACUCGGACAUGGUCCUGUCAAACUAAUUGUACUCAUCAUUCCUUUUGCUUUACAAAUGAAUAUUGAUAGAGCAAACCAGUGUCCCACUGUGUUAUGUAGUUGAAAUGGUUCUUCAUAUUCACUAGGUGUGUGUUAUAUUUCCUGAUGAAAUUUAGUGAUUCCAUAUAAUUCAGGAUUAUGAAUGUAAUUACUAAAUGGCUUCAGGUAGAGUUGUGGAAACACUUGUAAAAAGUUGCCCAAAUUCCUUUGUUUGUAAUAUAAGUUUAUAGCUUGUUUCAAUCUUCAAAGUUUGUAAGGAACACUUUUACAAUGGAGAAAGACUGUAACUACUACCUUCAAAAUGAUUACUCUAAUAAAC